CAUUUUCCCCCUGUUUAUUUAAAAACUCAGUCUCGUUUUCCAGAACCAACAAACCAACCAUUAACACAUUCUUCUACACUUCAAACUUCCAACUUCCAUCGCGAAUUCUUUAAUCAAAACCCACAUUUUCUCUUUCUUUUUUCGAUUUCUCUCACACCCAUUUCUCCGAUCUUCCAAAUUCUGCAAAAACCACCUAAAAAUCCUGUCAUGUCAUCAAUCUUUGCUUCAAACGGAAUGGUCUUAGCGACGGCCAUGGCCGCCGUCUCCGGCACCGUCAUCCUCCUCGCCUUCCGCUUCCAGAAACAACCCACCACCACCGUCGCCGGAGCCACCAAAUUCUCAAUCAUCAACCACCCAAGACCCUGCAUCUCCAUAGGUGGGACGAAGAAGAGGGUGAAAAAGAAAAAGAAGGUUCACUUUGCAGAAGAUGUGAUGGAACCAAGUGGCAAUGGAGAAGAGUUUAGAAAGAGACUUCAAAAAUGGCUCUUUACGCUGGAAUUCUCAAAGAUCGUAGCGUUCAUCGAUUGGCUUAUUCGUGACUUCUUUUUCAUUAGUCCCUGA